GGCGGCUGGGUGUGCGUGGGUGGCGGCGAGGAGGGGCUGAGGGAGGAAGCUGGCUCCCGAAGCUUCCUUCGCCUCAAAGACAGACCGACAGACAGACAGACGGCCAGCCAGAGGCGGCCAGCGGGGGGCACAGCUGCUCCGGCGAAUCUCGCGGCCCAGGGAGCUGCCCCGGCUGGGGCCGCCCAGCAUGGUCCAGGCCCGCGGGGGGCAGCCAUGACCCAGCCUCCGGCCGCCCAGGCCCCCGCCAAGAAGCACGUGCGUCUGCAGGAGCGGCGGGGCUCCAGCGUGGCCCUGGUGCUGGACGUCCGGUCGCUGGGGGCCGUGGAGCCCAUCUGCGCGGUGAACACCCCCCGCGAGGUGACCCUGCACUUCCUGCGCUCGGCCGGGCGCCCCCUCACCCGCUGGGCCCUGCAGCACCAGCCGCCCGGCUCCCGGCAGCUGGAGGAGGAGUUCCUGAAGAUCCCCCCAAACUUCGUCAACCCCGAAGAGCUGGAUGUGCCAGGACACGCCUCCAAGGACCGAUACAAGACCAUCUUGCCGAAUCCCCAGAGCCGCGUGUGCCUCAGCCGGGCACGGAGCCAGGAGGAUGGCGACUACAUCAACGCCAACUACAUCCGAGGCUACGCCGGGCGGGAGAAGGCCUACAUCGCCACCCAGGGCCCCAUGCCCCACACCGUGGCCGACUUCUGGGAGAUGGUGUGGCAGGAGGGCGCCCCGCUCAUCGUGAUGCUCACGCAGCUGCGCGAGAGCGAGGAGAAAUGUGUCCACUACUGGCCCGCGGACGAGGACUCGUACGGCCCCUUCCGGGUCCGGCUGCAGGAGGAGCGGGAGCUCCCGGAAUACACCGUGCGGCGGCUCACGGUGCAGCUCCAGGAGGAGUGCCGGGCGGUGAAGCACGUCCUGUUCUCGGCCUGGCCCGACCACCAGACCCCGGAGUCGGCGGGGCCGCUGCUGCGCCUGGUGGCCGAGGUGGAGGAGAGCCCGGAGGUGGCCGCCGGCCGGGGGCCCAUCGUGGUCCAUUGCAGCGCCGGGAUCGGCCGCACCGGCUGCUUCAUCGCCACCCACAUCGGCUGCCAGCAGCUGAAGGCGCGGGGGGACGUGGACAUCCUGGCCAUCGUGUGCCGCCUGCGGCUGGACAGGGGGGGCAUGAUCCAGACGGCGGAGCAGUACCAGUUCCUGCACCACACGCUGGCCCUGUACGCCGCCCAGCUGCCCGGGGAGCCCAGCCCCUGACCCCUGGCGCCCUCCACCAGCCCAGGCGCCCCCUUCCCCAGGCCCGGGAUGGCGGUGCGUCAGGAGAAAGGGGACCUCGAAACUCAGGGAGCGUGUGUGGCCACCAAACCCUGGUCAGCCAGGACCACGGCCAGGCUCCGGGCCUUGACCGCUGGCCACUCCUCUGCUGCCUCUAGUGCCCCCGGUGGCCGUCAGGGGAGCUGCGUUCCAGCAGACCCCAGCCGGGCAGCCG